GUUCUGAUCAAGGCAUCUAGACUGCUGGUUGGCACGGUGAAGAAUAUGUGCAGCCAAAACUGGACAACGUUUCACGGCAAGAUUGUGAAUCUGAUGAAGGAGAGUCCGGCGUCAUCAUAGAAGUAGGUGGGCAAAUGCAAUGCAUGUCAUCUUGUCAGCGUCUCAGCAAGGCGGGGGAAAGAAAUUACAUGUAUGCUUGCUCCUCGUUGCAAGGCAAAGCGCUGUAUUAAUGGGAUUCCCUUUUCUUCUCUUCUCUUUUCAUUUGAUGGCUCAAUCCUGCUUCGAAUAUUGGCAAUAGAAAUAUCCGAUAGACUUCUUUCUCUCUCGCGUGUCUUGUGCUUAUUCUUAUUUGUUACAGAUAACGAUGACAUUCCGAGGAGGCUAAAAUUGGCACCGCGUUGCGCCAGCCAAACAAACGAAUGGCUGAGGCUUCACGCGGCUAAACCCCGCCUAAGCGCUGCGCCUCUCCCUUGGACUUCAAUGUCAGGCAUCUCAUUUGAUCUUUACAUCUUCUCUCGAGACGAAUCAUUUUCAUCCACGACAUUCAUUUCAUCUGGGGCUGGUGAAGCUGCAUGAAGAGAUGGCUCUGAAGAACCUAAACCAUUCUCUUCACGAGUGAGCUGAGCAGAGCAGAGCGUUUGUAUUCUCUUCAUACG